GAUCCCUGGCUUUUCUUGCAAUGUGUCUGUAGAUGGAGAUUCAGUCAGGUCAGUCCACCUCCACCGCCACCCCCACAUCGCUGACUUCACUCUCCAGCGGGUCUGCAUUUAGCGACGGCUACCCCAGCGCCAGGGAUGACUUCGAUCCGACUAUGGAAGAGUCUCUUUCCCCCGUGGACUUAGAAGCUCUGAUCCAAACCGAGCGCAUCACGAAGAUCUUAGACGAGUGCGUGUACAAGACCAAACUGGCCAUCUGCCUCCCGAACCUGGUGAAGGAGUUCCACACCCUCAGCUCCAUCCUCUCCAGCCAGAACAUGGACGACCUGGUCUUCAUAUUUGAGCAGUACGAUAAGCCGCUAUUUUCUAAUAGCUUCUUGAAUAUGGAGGCUUUGGAGGACAUCAAAAGUGGAGCAAGUACACUGAAAAACCGGUUAAAUCCUGAAUUAGGUCACCUUAUGUACAUUAUGUUCAGCUACCCUGCACUGAAACCUAAAGUUGAAGAAAUGGUAGAAAAGCCCAAGUGCUUCUAUUGUUCUAAUUUUACACAUGUAACAUCACGACAGGAUGGUGUAAUGCCGCCAUCCCUGGACUACUUGGAGACGUUGGAGCAGUUCCGAGAAUUGAUGGUGAGGCAGCUGUCCACAACAGCGGCCGAAGAGCUUGCAGCCAAGUUUAAAACUAAGAAACUUGAGGCGCAGAAUGCGAAACUAAUAGCGAACAUUAAAGAAAAAUCUGAAGCAUUGGAGGCUGAAAAAGAAGCGUUUGAGGCGGCGAUGGAAGAGAAAAGACAGAAGAUUAAGUCGCUACAAGACGAGCUUGAGGAGAUACAGGCUGAAGCUUCAAAGGAUAUCAAAAAGAAAAUUUUGGAUUCCGAACGUCAAAUGGUGCUUGAGAGUCGCGUGCACGCCGUGAAGAAAAACAUCUUGCAAGACGAGCAAGCAGAGACGACGCGCGUCUACAAAACCUUGCUGGCAACCCAUGUGCAAGAAGAGAAGAAACUGAGAGCUCGCAGGUUGAAAGUGGAGACACAAUUGAUCUCCUGGAUCAAGAAGUACGACCUGGAGAUGACGGACAAGCAGGUUGAACUCGACGAUUUUCAGCAGAAGUACGAUGAUGAAGUGCGUGGGUGUCGGGAGCUAGAGGAGAAACUAAAAAUCCAAAAUGUAGAGUACAUUCCUCUGAUGGCGGAGAGAGAAGAAGAGUACCACAGAGAGAUGAAGGAGAAAAUGGAGAAGUUCCUUCUAGAACAUGCUGCGCGGGUCAUUCAGUCCGCUUGGCGCAAAAUCCUUCUUAACAGAACUGAAAGAAAGAAGCUUUGGAAAUUACAAAAACAACAAAAGAGAAUGGAAAAAGAAGAAGCUGAAAAGUUGCGAAAAAAGAAUACGCCCAAGAAAUUAAACAAACGCGUUAAAACUGUUGACCGUCCUGAAAUAAACGAAUCGCAAAGUAAUGAAAAGAACCCUAAAAUAAAAAAGCCUCAAACAAACGAUAAUAAGCUUAAAACAAAGAAGCAGCUAAAAAGCGUUGCUCAUCCAAAAACUAAACAAACGGCUGUAAAAAAGUGA